CUCCGAGAGUGAAUGUUGUACGGUACCGGCGGGUGGACUUGUUUCUUGAGUUGUUGCCUCAAGUCUCAACGACGACCUAACCAAACGUCCAAACCACACACACAGAGUGAGCUUCUUUUUGUUGUGUUCUCUCACUCUAACUUUAACAAGCUCCAGUGUUUGUUGCUGUAAGCACCAAUUUCCAUUUCUAUGUAUAAAUUAUAAUUUGAUCUGAGCUUUGCUUACUAUCCCAUGGUGCUUCCUCGGAUCCUCCUCCUAUUCGCCCUACUGAGUCAUCAUCUGACUCAGUCCGACUCGGCACCACAGGCCUUCAAGAGAGGUACCGGCCACCCACAGUGGCACCACGGCGCCUUCCACGACGUCCGCGAUUCCGUCCGAUCCGAUGUUCGCCGCAUGCUCCAUUCCAGAGCCGAGGUUCCGUUUCAGGUUCCGUUGGAAGUGAAUGUGGUUCUCAUCGGUUUCAGUGGAGAUGGAGGAUAUAGAUACACUAUCGACAUUCAUAAUCUGGAGCAAUUUCUGAGAACGAGUUUCCCCUCUCACAGACCCUCUUGUCUCGAGACUGGGGAGCUUCUUGAUAUUGAGCAUCAUUUGGUCUAUAAUGCAUUUCCUGCUGGGCAGCCUGAAUUGAUAGCACUUGAGAAAGCUCUGAAAGAGGCUAUGAUUCCUGCAGGAAAAGCUAGAGAGAGUGAAUUUGGAAGGGAGGUACCUCUAUUUGAAGUUGAAGCAACAUCCGUGGAGCCAAUAUUUCAAAAGCUGUACUCCUAUAUAUUUGACAUGGAUAAUGGGGGAUCUUCGGUCAUAGAUAUGGACAGACCGGUGCCAAAUGCCAUAUUUGUUGUGAACUUUGAUAAGGUGAGAAUGGAUCCUAGGAAUAAAGAAAGGGAUCUUGAUAGUUUAAUGUAUGGCAAACUUCCGGAGCUUAAUGAUGAAGAUAUGAAAAAACAAGAAGGUGAUUAUAUUUAUCGUUAUCGCUAUGAUGGUGGGGGAGCAACUCAAGUUUGGUUGGGGUCUGGAAGAUUUGUAGUGAUCGACCUUUCAGCAGGCCCAUGCACUUACGGUAAGAUUGAAGCUGAAGAGGGAAGUGUCAGUUCUAGAACUCUGCCAAGAUUACGAAAUGUGAUUCGACCAGGUGGUAUGACCACAGUUUAUCAAUCCAGCAAUGAUAUCUUUCUCGGGCAGCUUGCUUCUUUGAUAUCAACCACAGUGGAGCAUGUUAUAGCACCUGAUGUAAGGUUUGAAACUGUUGAUCUUACUUCAAGAUUGCUUAUACCAAUAAUUGUCUUGCAAAAUCAUAAUCGGUACAACAUUAUGGAAAGGGGCCAUAAUUACAGUAUUAACAUUGAUGCAAUUGAGGCAGAGGUGAAGAAAAUGCUCCAUGAUGGUCAAGAAGCAGUAGUUAUUGGAGGUGUACAUUCACUACAUCGCCAUGAGAAGCUUGCAAUUGCUGUUUCAAAAGCUAUGCGCGGCCAUUCCCUGCAGGAAACCAAGAAUGAUGGUCGUUUCCAUGUUCAUACGAAGACUUACCUGGAUGGUGCACUUUUAAAAGAAGAGAUGGAACGCUCUGCUGAUGUGCUUGCUGCUGGAUUGCUUGAAGUGGCUGACCCAUCUCUAUCAAGUAAAUAUUUCCUCCGCCAAAAUUGGAUGGAUGAAUCUGAAGUGUCUACCGAUUCUAUUCUUAAGCAUAAACCUCUCUGGGCUUCCUAUGACUCAAAAUAUAGCAAGAAAAGGAAGAAGAAAGUAAAGAAACUCGGGGAUCUGCAACCAACUUAUGGAACCCGAGUAAUUCCUGUCUUUGUGCUAUCAUUGGCAGACGUGGAUCGAGACCUUAUGAUGGAUGAUGAAAGUAUGGUAUGGACAAGCAAUGAUGUUGUAAUUGUGCUUGAGCAUCAAAAUGAUAAGAUCCCUUUAAGUUAUGUUUCGGAGACCCAGAAAAGGCAUGCUCUUCCAUCUCAGGCACAACGGCAUAUACUUGCUGGCCUUGCCUCAGUUGUGGGUGGUUUAAGUGCCCCAUAUGAGAAGGCCUCUCAUGUACAUGAAAGACCUGUUGUGAAUUGGCUUUGGGCUGCUGGUUGUCAUCCCUUUGGACCAUUCUCAAAUACAUCUCGCAUCAGUCAAAUGCUCCAUGAUGUUGCCUUAAGGAACUCAAUAUAUGCACGUGUGGAUUCUGUACUCCGUAGAAUUCGGGAGACAUCAGAGACUGUCCAAGCUUUUGCAGCAGAGUAUCUGAAAACUCCCCUUGGUGAACCAGUGAAGGGAAAGAAGGAGAAAUCAACCACUGAACUAUGGUUGGAGAAGUUCUACAAGAAAACAACAAAUUUGCCAGAACCCUUUCCUCAUGAAUUAGUUGAUCGCUUGGAAAAAUAUCUCGAUGGCCUUGAGGAACAGCUUGUUGAUAUGUCUUCAUUGUUAUAUGAUCAUCGACUACAAGAUGCCUUCUUGAACAGUUCAGAUAUUCUGCAGAGUACCAUGUUCACCCAACAAUAUGUUGACCAUGUUCUGGCCUCUGAGAAGGAUAAUAUGAGAUGUUGCAAAAUUGAGUACAAGUAUCCCGUGCACUCUUCUCAAACUUACAUCUAUGGGGGAAUACUUAUUGCUGGGUUCUUUGUGUACUUUGUUGUAAUUUUCUUCUCAUCUCCAGUGCGGUGACAUAUGUUAGAUUUUGACCCCAACAAGAACCAAUAACCAGGCCUUAUCACAUUUCGGUAGAGCUUAUGGUUGCCAUACCAAAUCGAAUAUAUGCAACAAUUUUGAAUGCGUCAGUGCAGCACAAAUUACUGGAGCAACGUUGACUAGAUUUUAUGUAUUUGGCAUAAAAGUUGCCAGGAGGGUCUUCAGCUUUCUAUUUGCUUCAUUAACUGAAGAAAAUCUCAUGUACACUUUGUAGUCUCUUGGGGCGGGGAUGAAUGCUUUCAGUAGAUGCGAUUAAAUGGAUAACAAUUGCAAAUUCAAUGGGUGAAAUUGACUUUGGCAAUAACAAUUUUGUUGUGUCUAGAAAGAAUAUUUGUUGAA